ACCGACGGACCGCGGGCAUCGCCACUCAAGUCCCGCGUACCUGGAGGUCGGAUUAGGGUAUGGCCACCUGCCUCCAUCCGCUGGCGGAGUCUCUCUUUCCGGAUUCCGCCACCCUCCGCUACCCCCCGGGUGCAGAUCGAAGUUAGCGGGCGACGGCGGGGCCGCGAGACGUGCUCCGGAAGAGGGUCUGAGGCGCAGGAGCGGGUCAGGGAGGCCGGCGCGGACCGUAGAGCAGGAUUCUAACAUUUUCAGAAAGUCUGUUGGAAAGAACAAGUCUACUUCAAUAAAUGAAGGAGAAUAAAGAAAAUUCAAGCCCUUCAGUAACCUCAGCAAACCUGGACCACACAAAACCAUGUUGGUACUGGGAUAAAAAAGACUUGGCUCAUACACCCUCUCAACUAGAAGGACUCGAUCCGGCCACUGAGGCCCGCUACCGCCGAGAAGGGGCUCGGUUCAUCUUUGAUGUGGGCACACGUUUGGGACUACACUAUGAUACCCUGGCAACUGGAAUAAUUUAUUUUCAUCGCUUCUAUAUGUUUCAUUCCUUCAAGCAAUUCCCAAGAUAUGUGACAGGAGCUUGUUGUCUCUUUCUGGCUGGGAAAGUAGAAGAAACACCAAAAAAAUGUAAAGAUAUCAUCAAAACAGCUCGUAGUUUAUUAAAUGAUGUACAAUUUGGCCAGUUUGGAGAUGACCCAAAGGAAGAAGUAAUGGUUCUGGAGAGAAUCUUACUACAGACCAUAAAGUUUGAUUUACAGGUGGAACAUCCGUACCAAUUCCUACUCAAGUACGCGAAACAGCUCAAAGGUGAUAAAAACAAAAUUCAAAAGUUGGUUCAAAUGGCUUGGACAUUCGUAAACGACAGUCUCUGCACGACCUUGUCACUACAGUGGGAACCAGAGAUCAUAGCAGUGGCAGUGAUGUAUCUUGCGGGACGUUUGUGCAAAUUUGAAAUACAGGAAUGGACCUCCAAACCCAUGUACCGGAGAUGGUGGGAGCAGUUUGUGCAAGACGUCCCUGUGGAUGUUUUGGAAGACAUCUGCCACCAGAUCCUGGAUCUUUACUCACAAGGGAAACAACAGAUGCCUCAUCACACGCCCCAGCAGCUACAGCAGCCCCCGUCUCUCCAGCCCACGCCGCCCGCGCCGCCAGCGCCGCAGUCACAGCCGCCUCAAGGCCCCGAGCCGCCCCAGCCCCCGCAGAAGGACUCGCAGCAGCCAGCCCAGCCGCAGCCACCACCACCGGCCCAGCAGCCCAAGAAACCGUCCCCGCAGCCUAGUCCCCCCCGGCAGGCGAAGCGCGCUGUGGUUGUUUCUCCCAAAGAAGAGAGCAAAGCAUCAGAACCACCACCACCUAAAAUUCCCAAAAUUGAGCCCCCUCACCCUCCAUUGCCUCCAGCCCAUCCACCUCCAGACCGGAAGCCACCCCUCGCAGCCGCCUUGGGUGAGGCUGAGCCGCCAGGCCCCGUGGAAGCCGGCGACCUCCCCAAAGUCCAGAUCCCCCCUCCGGCCCACCCGGCCCCCGUGCACCAGCCUCCGCCACUGCCACACCGGCCCCCGCCCCCGCCGCCCUCCAGCUACAUCACCGGCAUGUCUACCAGCAGCUCCUACAUGUCCGGAGAGGGCUACCAGAGCCUCCAGUCCAUGAUGAAGACCGAGGGCCCCUCCUACGGGGCUCUGCCCCCCGCCUACGGCCCGCCGACUCACCUGCCCUAUCACCCCCACGUCUACCCCCCGAACCCGCCCCCGCCGCCCGUGCCACCGCCGCCAGCCUCCUUCCCGCCACCCGCCCCCCCCCCCCCCCCCCCUCGCCACCCCCCCCCCCCGCCCACCUACACCCCCAAUUUCCCGCCGCCCCCCCCCCGCAUGCCGCCCACCCACGCAGUGCCCCCUCACCCUCCUCCAGGCCUGGGCCUGCCACCGGCUAGCUACCCGCCUCCAGCUGUGCCCCCUGGAGGGCAGCCGCCUGUGCCCCCGCCCAUCCCGCCACCUGGCAUGCCUCCAGUCGGGGGGCUGGGGCGGGCAGCCUGGAUGAGGUAACCUGGCGCCCUUCUUUCUUCGUUUUUUAAAGAAAAGUUUUUCUAAUUAACUUGAAAAGUAGUUUAAGUGGGUAAGCCGCAGGGGUACCUUGUAUAAUGCUACACAGUUGUAGUAUGGGAAGAAAUGGACCGGACCCCCAAGAUGAAAUUGGGGUGGUCCUCCACAUCUGGGGAGUGGGGACAGCAGCUCUCACUGGAGCCCAGGCAGAGCCGGUUGUGACCCGACUGUGCGUUUGGUCUCAACCAGCGUCGUCCGCGAGUCCUGCGCUGAGUUACUUUACACUAGUGAGAAUGUUAACCAGCCAUAUUGGCUCAAUAAAUAGCUUCAGUAAGGAGUGAAUUUCCUUCUAGAAAUCAGUGCCUAUUUUUCCUGGAAACGCCAUUUUAAAUAGUCCGGUUCCAUCUGAAGUCAAGCUGUUGUCAUUGCUGUCAUUCCAUGACGUUCUCUCCCAUUACACUUGUAGGUCAAUUGAACCACAUUUUUGAUUUAGAGAUACUUACAUCCUUUGCGUUUAAGUUAUUUUGAAGGGGUUGACUUGCUGGAUGGCUCUAUUCUUUUUCCUCCAGGAAGAAGGGGAGAAAUGUACUUGGAAGUAAUGUAUGUUUACAUCAAUUUGCAAAUUCCUGUACAUAGAGAUAUAUUUUUUAAGUGUGAAUGUAACAACAUACUGUGAAUUCCAUCUUGGUUACAAAUGAGACUCCUUCAGUCAGUUACCCAAAUAAAAUCAGUUCUGAAA